AAACAAUGGCACAUUCACUUAGUGUCCUUACUACGAUUUUCACCCGAGUGUAAUCCUGAACUGAGAUUGUGAAUCAGGUUUAUUACGUUGAUCCGUUUGAAAGAGUGAACAGUGAAUGGAAUGGAAUGGAAAGGAAUAACAAGUUAUUAUGUUUAGCGCAGAGCUUUAAACAUUAAAAACAAAGGCAAGUCUAUCUAAAAAUUCACCACAAUGUAAACGGCAGAGAUUACACUGGACACUACACUGACAUAAUAUACAUUUCCUGGCAUGUUACAAUCCCUUUAAGACCUAAUUGACACCACUAGACUUAGUCCUGGUCGUAGUGAGUCCUAUUAGUACUAAUCCACAACACUUCUCUCUCUAUCUGUAGUAUUAUUUUCAUGAGGAAAAAGAUGAAAGAAAACAACAGAUGUGUGAAAUUGAUUUGGGCUAAAAUAUUGUCACAAUCAAGGCUCUAUUUAUCAAAACAGUCGAAGCUAAAUGUUGAAAAUCGUGAAAUGCUGACUGAUAUCUUAUUGAAUGGCUUUUACCAUAAUUAAAAGGUAAUGUCAGGUAUUCCACCCUCAUCUAGAGGAAGUCAAUCCACAUAACCUUUGACCUUGCAAUCUGGGGAGUGGCCUACAGUCUAUCACAUCAUGAUAGAGAGUUGAUGGGUGAGGAAAUGAAUAAAUGUAGGGUACAUACUGCGGAUGCUGUGACAUAGAUCUGUGCUCUGCAAUGACCCAGACAUGUCCGACAUCCCUGUCAACGUCCCAGUGGACACAGUUAAACUGCGCGUGGAGAAAACGGCUAUUCGCAGAAUCCCGACGGAAGCGUUCUACUACCUGGUGGAGCUGCGGUACCUGUGGAUAACUUACAACUCCAUAACCUCGGUUGACACCGGGAGUUUCUACAACCUGAAAGUGCUCCACGAGCUCAGAAUGGACGGAAAUAUGAUCUCCAUGUUCCCAUGGGAAUCUCUGAAAGAGAUGCCCCUGCUGAGGACACUGGACCUGCACAACAACAGGCUCACCAAUGUCCCCACCGAGGCCAUCCCUUACCUCCUCAACAUUUCCUACUUGGAUCUAUCCAGCAACAAAUUAUCAACACUGCCCUCUGAUCUUAUGGAUAUCUGGCCUCCCUUUAAUGGAGCACCGACCUCUACUAAUUCCUCCCAGAAAAUUGUGUUAGGCCUUCAAGACAACCCCUGGUUCUGCGACUGUAAAAUAUCUAAGCUGAUAGAGAUUUCCAAGAUGGCAGACACACCGGUGGUUUUCAUGGACCUCUUCCUGACCUGUGGCGGACCGGAGAAUCUAGCCGGCGUGCUUUUCCAACGCGCUGAACUCGACAACUGCGUAAAACCGUCGGUCAUGACCUCUGCGACUAAGAUCACGUCUCCUUUGGGCAGUAACGUUCUCCUAAGAUGUGACACCACAGGGACGCCGACGCCAGCUCUCUACUGGUCUAAGUCAGACGGCUCACUCGUCAACAACACAGUUCAGGAGUCACCUGGGGAGGGCAUCAGAUGGUCUAUUAUGAGCUUGCAUGGAAUACUGUUCAAGGACGCUGGGAACUACAGCUGCAAAGCAAAGAAUGUAGCCGGCAACGCAGAAGCCACCAUUUCGCUUUCAGUGGCUGGUACCACCACCAUGAGUACCACAGUCCCACCGGUGGAACCAGGCCCCGACACUGGACUGACCAGCCCGGACACAGCAACGAUUCCCACAGACACUCCCGUCUCUCCCACUGUAGCAUCCACAGCUCUCCCAAAGACUUCAACGCCACAACCUGCCGUCCCUAAGAAGCCGAAAACUACCCCGAGCAACGUUUCACAGAAAGGCUCCUUCAAACAAACCAAGAUCCAAGAAGGAGGAAAUGGGAGAAAGCUUGCAGCGGAUGAAAAAAGCAAAAAGAGUGAUACAUUAAAGUCUGUCAAAGACCUUAAGAUUGUGGAGGAGACAUCUGACAGUGCAGUGUUGCUGUGGACAGCAGAUGGGCUAUCAAACGAUGCCCCACUCACAGUUGUGUAUUCACCCUACGGUGAGGACGAAACCAAAAGGACAGAGGAGACAAAUGCUGGCAUCGGAAAACUUCUUUUAGAGGGACUGUCAUCUGGGAUGAGGUACUCCGUUUGUCUCAUAGCCAAAGGCAGCGAUGCUGGUAAAGAUCCCUGCACGGAUUUCUACACACUGGACAAUGUGGAUGACGUUGGGCAAAACCAGCUCUUCAUGGUCAUCAGUGGCAUCGCCUGUGCUCUGAUCUUGCCGCUCAUUGCUCUGUUGAUCUACAAGAUCCUCGCGCUGUACUGCAAGGGGCGCGGCGCGGCGACGGACGAGGAGGAGCUCGGAAAAGAGAGCUACGUCAAGUUCGAGACAAUCUCCAUGAAACAGAGAACUCUGAACUCUCAUCCGACCGAGCUCUGGUCAAGGCGGCCGACCAAUGAAUCCGAGCGAAUGUUGCUGUGCUCCAGGUCAAGCAUCGACUCUCAGAUGACAUAUAAGAGCGACUGCUCCCGCUCCGAGUAUCUCUGUUGACACCAGGAAUCCAUGGCCAGUGCCCAAAAUGCCACAUUAGAUAUGAAAUACUCUCUAUGCCUUUUAUGACACUGAUAUUACCUGUAAAAACAAAAGGUAAAUCUUUAUAAAUGGUUUAUAAAUUUCACAUCUGUGGGCUUAUACAGCACUGGUUUGCUGUAAAUUUAACGGCUUAACACGUUCAUUUUCAAUCAGGAUAUUGAAAGCUAAGGUAACAUGGAAACAUUUCCUGGAUGCUGUUUGUAAAACCCCAGUGAGAUCAGUCAAUGACUGCCAUUUAUUUAUUCAUUCAUUCAUUCAUUCAUGUCCUUAUAUAUGUUGUGGAGCCUUAUAUUUCCUGAAAACUUCCUUUUCAUAGUUGUCACUGCAGCACUGCAGCACCUGCGUUGAACUACUAUAUAUCUUGUACUAUACAAAGAGUCUGUGUGUGGUGGUGUUAAUGUUAUUUAAAUGCCAAAAUGCAAAGUGUCAUGUGAUGUGUCAAAGAAAAAAAACGAUUCACCACUUCCCCCAUCACGACAUUACAACAUCAAUGUUGCGUCUCAGAAUUCUGCUGAUUGUUGCCUUACUGGAGAAAGAAAAGCAGUGUCAACGCAUUUGACAUAAGAUUUGACAGUUUCUAUGAAUUUAUGUAUACAUUUGUCAAUAAAUUGACUUGUAUGUUUUUUUUUAAUAAUAAACUACAAAAAAAUUGUUG